GAAAAGUGUCUGGCGCAGUAAGUCUCGAAACUGCUUUUCCGAUAUGGCAACCCUACAGGACAGAACCCGCAGUUCAGCUAACUGCAGGACAACAGAGGCUCUUCGUCAGUCGCCGCGCCGCACACUCUAAGGAAUAUGGCAGCAAACAACACCAAGCCCAAACUCAGCAAGUCCCAGGCAGCAGAGAUCGUUCAGAAACACUACAAGCUGACUCCCACCAAUCUUCGUUUUCUGCCCAGCUACGACGACCAGAACAUUUAUAUUGCAACUGUCGAAGGUGGCGAAUAUUUGCUCAAGAUAAUGAACACGGUUCACACAAGGGACCCAACCCUGAUAGAACUGCAGAGUUACGCAAUGAAUUUUCUUCACCAAAGUGGACUUCCUACCCAAACAACCCUGAAAACAACCACGGGACAGCUCAUGAUCCAGGAAGACAUUGAUUGCGGUUAUGGCUUACAGAAGUACCUGGUUCGCCUGUUGACUUAUUUGCCAGGAAUACCAAUUGCCGAGGUCCCACUCUCACCUGAGCUACUCUAUCAAGUAGGCCGAAUAGCAGCCACAAUGGACAACAUCCUCCAAAAGAUGGAACAUCCUCAGCUCAAUGUGCUGCAGAGGGAUGGGUUCAUAUGGAGUUUAUCAAAUAUUUGCCUUCUGGAGAAAUGGUUGAAUGUAUUAGAUGGAGACCCUCUUCUGGAGAUUGUGAAAUCUGUCCUCCAUCAGUUCAAGACCGCUGUGGCCCCAAAAUACUCCAGUUUCCGUGAGUGCCUUAUUCAUGGAGACUUCAAUGAUCUCAAUGUGCUGGUUCAAGAAAAUGAAAAAAAUGGCUACAAGAUAUCUGGUAUAAUAGACUUUGGGGACUUGAACUUCGGUUGCUAUGUCAAUGAGUUAGCCGUCACCAUCGCGUACAUGAUGCUGGAGCACCCUAACCCCUUAGAGGUGGGUGGACCUAUCCUAGCAGGCUGGGAAAGCAUUUUUCCUCUCAAUGCAGCUGAGAGAGACUGCCUCUUCUGGUUGGUCUUGUCACGCCUCUGCCAGUCAAUAGUGCUUGCUCGUGUGUCUGUGACUUUGCAGCCUGAAAAUGAAGAGUAUCUGAUGUGUUCAUCCAAGAAAGGCAUUCCACUUUUACGCAAACUCUUUGAAAUAGGAAAAGAACAAGUGGAAAAAGUGUGGGUCAAAAGUGCUGCGGAGUUCCGUGAUUCACAACCCUCCAGUUGAAUUGCACCCUGGACUGUUAAUGACCAAACUAUGUUAAACCUAAUAUUUGUGAUGAUAAAUUAGUCUCACAUUCUGCAGGUAUCCAAUUGAAUUGAAAUCUUUAGUUUUCUAGGUAAUUAGUCUUGUAGGUUUAUUUUUUUCCAUGAACAAUAAAGACAUACGGAACCUAAUAGAAA